GUUGCUGCGAGGACAUGAACAAGUGUACAAGGGGAUUGAGACCCUGGAGCUUGGCGACGACUUUGUGGUGAACACCAUCUUCUCUUCAGCCGACUAUGUGGGGAUCUUUUGUAUCAACGAGACAAACAACCAGCCUCUGCGACUUCCGAGUUGGGAUCCAAAGAUGUUCAAACGGGGUGGGCACAGGAACAAAGGAGGAAUCAUGUUCGUCGACCUGAAGCAACAGUCCUUCCAGCCCCAUACUCUUACAGCGCAGCGGGCUCGGCAGCGAGCAAGGGACUUUACGGGAGCAGGCUGUACCGAGCCCAUCUCAUCCCAUGCUCUCCCGGACACCGAAGUCAUCGAAGAGCCCGUUGAGAAGGGCUUCAUAGACAGGUUCAAGACCUUCUUCGGCAUGGGGUCUCUGCUUCAGGAGAACGGCCAUGACCCUCAGACAGCGGAGCAAGUCGAGCUUCCCAUCAAAUGUCAAGGCCGCGAUCAUCUGAGCCCAGAAGAGGCAGAAGACCACGAGAACUACGUUCGCUCGACCUUGGCGGAAGCCAGCGACAUGAACUUCGAAGUUCGGAAGAUCAUCGACCUGGCUGGGGAAGCGGCAGUUUGCGAGAAUUUAACCGAGGCGACUAAGGACAACUGCAAGGCCAUGGCCAGGGACAUGAUCACGCUGAAG